AGUAUUCCCUUAGUUCUGCUUGAGGAAGGUUGUGGAUCGUGUUCGUAGUGUAGCUUAAUAAAAUCAACUGUAGUGAAGUGUUCGAUUGGUGCUUGUGAGUUGCCUAAUUAGUUUUGAACAUUCAAAAAUUAAACCAAGCACAUAAAAAUAUUAUCUGUAAUAUAUUAUUUUUUAGUUAUCUAUUGCACUAGUAAUUUUUUCGGCCCAGCGUUCUAAACUAUUUUAUGUCGAAAUAAUAAUUAAUCAUUAAAAUGAGUACGCAGACAGUAACCGAAGAUACGAUCACUGAGAUGAAAAAAUAUAAUUUUCACAAUCCACUUAAUGUUACGAUAGUUUUUGAUGAGUGUGAAGAAGAUAGCGAUUGCCAAGAGGUACAUGGCAUAGAAAAUUCUACUACAGACACAAAUAUGAAAGCAAGUAGCAAAAAUACUCAUUCAAAGGAAAAUGAAAAACUCAUAAAUUCUAUCAAGAAAUUAAAUAAUAGUAAUAAAAAAUUAAAAAAUGGAGUUAAUAAUAAUUAUAAAAGAAAAUCUAAACAUAAUAAAGGUUUAGAGAAAACUGGCAUUAUCGAAAAUCAUUCAUUAUUACAAAUCCAUAAUAAUAAUGAAAUGGAAUCUACAACAAUGCAUUUACUUAAUAAUCCAAGAUUAAACCAAUGUCAUACAUCCAAUCACCAAAAUAAUAUAGAAAUUAUGUUGAACUACGUAUCAAAAAACAUGAUUUCGAUUAUGGAAGCUUACACUAACUACUACAAAAUAUUUCACAAUUCUAUUGAUAAUCUUACUUCCGAAUACUCCGAUCGCUUAAGAACCAAUUAUUUACACAUCAAAUAUUCCUAUUUUAAUAAAUCUCAAUCAAUAUCUGAGUUGAUACUUUUACCUCAAGAAAAAAAUAAAUGUUUUAUCGAAAGCUUUUUGUUUAGGACAAUUCAGAUGGCUAAAGGAAGAAUGGAUAUCUCCUAUAAUAAUCUCAGAACUCUUUAUGUUGAUUUAUUAGAAUGGACUAAACAGAAGCAAAAACAUUCGCUUCGUUUAAUUAAAGAAAACCAAAAUAUAAAUAAUAUUCAUCCGCCUCUCAGGGUAAUUCCGCCUUCAAAAUCACUAUCGCAAAAUAUUUCAAAUCAUAUAAGAAGACCUGAAUGUGUAAGUCAAUCUAAAGAUGUUGAUAAAAUCGAAGUGUUUUCAUCUGGACCACCGGGAAAUGAGAUUACCAUAAGUGUUGAUCCAAAAAUUUUAACACAAAAAACUAAUCAUUUUCCUACACAACAGCGUACAACUUGCCUUACUGAAAUGCAAUCCAUAAAUCAUAAUGUACAAGCCAGUAUUCCGUCAGUAGAUAUAACGGGUUGUAAUACUCAAGCAAGUUGUAGUUACAAUAACACUCCAAUAAGGAAUAUACAAGAAAGGCGGAUCGAUGCUCAAAGAAUACUAGAAGAUCCAUGUGCCAAAUAUUCUAGUCAGCCACCAGUGAUUUAUCAAGAUAUUAUGCAAAGCGGGGUUAUGCAAAGAAUAUGUAAUGAGUAUGAAACAAGCAAACAAACAGAUUCACAAGAUGCCACUAGAUGUUCCAUAUCCAGAGAUAGCGGUUUUAUGAGUCCAACAACAUUUAACCUAUCAUCGGAACGAACGUACAAUCUAAUUCGGGAUCAAUACACGACGGAGACAACCUCUUUGACUGCGUCUAAUGAAAACAUAUUUAUGCCUAAUAAUACGAAUGCAACUCGUGGUUUAUGUCACAUUUGUGGAAAAAUAACAAAACUCAUGUGUGUGGGCUGUUACAAGUUAUACUAUUGUUCUGAAACUUGUCAGUCUGCCGAUUGGAACGUACAUAAAUUUGUAUGUCACAAAUAAUCGUGUGAUAGUUGACGUUUGGCCGUAAUAUUAAUAACAAGAUAUGAUAAUAAGUAAUACUGAUGAUUUGAAUAUUUUAUUAUUAUUGUAAUAAUUUUUUUAUGUUCCAUGCGUUGAAAUAAAAUAUUUGUCGUUUUAUACCUACCAUUUUAC